CAAAAUCAGAAUGAAAAAAACAAGGUACUUGAGAGUUGAGUCUUCACUAGACUGGUCCAAAACAUACUAUUAACCUCAAGUACAAUUAGUGAGUUAUAAACACCACUACAGUCUACAGUACUGGUAGUAAAAAUCAAAACUUUAUCGAUUAAGCUAGUAAAAAUUGAAACUUUUUCAUCUCUGCAGAACUCUCUCCAUCAAAUUUAACAAAUUGUCGGCCGUAUCACUCUUUUGCAUUUACUCCAUUACAUCAAAUCCAUCUCUUUUUCGUACACACACACACACACAUUCAUGUCUAUCAAACCUCUUGUUCUUCCCCUUCUUCCAUACUUAAACGCUUCAUAAUCUUUGUAUCUAUCUGUAUCUAUAGACUAUGGCCUCAAAAAUGCAUCUUCUUCAGCUCUCACUGCUGCUCUUCACACUACUUGCUUCAACUCAGGCUCAAAACCAAGAAGCCCUUUAUCUCCACCGAGUCAAACUCAGUCUUUCAGACCCGGACAACACUUUAUCAACCUGGAACACACAAAACAACACUAGCCCAUGUAACUGGUUUGGCAUAAAAUGCAACCCUUUAACUCGUUCUGUCAACUCAGUUGAUCUCUCUAGCUCAAAUCUUGCUGGCCCAUUUCCUCUGGUCCUCUGUAAUCUUCAAGAUUUGACCUCAAUUUCAUUCUACAACAACUCAAUCAACUCCACGCUUCCCGAGGGUAUUUCCACGUGUACAUCUCUGCAGUACUUGAAUCUUGCUCAGAAUCUUCUCUCAGGUAUGCUCCCCGAGUCUUUAUCUCAGCUUAGAAAUUUAAAAGUUCUUGAUUUGACCGGGAAUAAUUUUUCCGGCGAGAUUCCGGCGAGUUUUGGUAAGUUCCGGCAGCUAGAGGUUUUAUCACUUGUUGAGAAUUUGUUUGAUGGGGAAAUUCCCGGGUUUUUAGGAAAUGUUUCGAGUUUAAAGCAGUUAAAUUUGUCGUAUAACCCCUUUUUGCCGGGUCGGAUCCCGCCGGAGUUCGGUGGGUUGGUGAAUUUAGAGGUGUUGUGGUUGAGUGAUUGUAACUUGGUAGGUGAGAUACCUGACUCGCUGAGUCGACUCAGUAAGUUGAUUGAUUUGGAUUUGGCGGUUAAUGAGUUGAAAGGGGUGGUUCCUAGUUGGCUGACUGAGUUAACUAAUUUGGUUCAGGUUGAGUUGUAUAAUAACUCGCUUUCCGGUGAGUUACCGAGCGUCGGGUGGGGGAAGAUGAAGGGUUUGAGAUUGUUGGAUGCGUCGAUGAAUGAGUUGAGUGGGAGGAUUCCAGAGGAGUUGUGUUCAUUGCCACUUGAGUCACUUAAUCUUUAUGAGAAUAGGUUUGAAGGAACAUUGCCGGAGAGUAUUGCGAAAUCUUCGAAUUUGUAUGAGCUUAGGUUGUUUGGUAAUCGUUUAACCGGUGAAUUGCCUAAGAAUCUUGGGAUGAAUUCACCUUUGAAGUGGAUUGAUGUGUCGAGUAAUCAAUUUUCAGGUGAAGUUCCCUCGAGUUUGUGUGAAAAAAGUGUUCUUGAGGAGCUUUUGCUGAUUAAUAACUCAUUUUCAGGGGGGAUUCCAGAAAGUUUAGGCAAAUGUAGGAGCUUGACACGGGUCAGGCUCGGGUAUAACAAUUUGUCCGGUGAGGUUCCGGUUGGAUUUUGGGGGCUUCCUAAUGUGCAUUUCUUUGAGCUUGUUGGAAACUCUUUUUCGGGUCAAAUUGCAAAAACAGUUGCUGGUGCGUCAGCUUUGUCAUCUCUGAUUAUAUACAAGAACGACUUUUCAGGAAAUAUUCCUGAGGAGAUUGGGUUCUUGGAGAAUUUAAAAGAUUUUUCAGCAAGUGAGAAUCGAUUUAGUGGCGUUCUACCUGUAAGUAUAGUGAAGCUUGAACAGUUAGGAAGACUCGAUCUCCAUAACAAUGAUUUGUCGGGUGGGCUUCCAAGUGGCAUUCAAUCUUUGAAGAAGCUAUAUGAGCUGAAUCUUGCAGAUAAUGACUUUUCCGGGAUUUUACCUGAGGAAAUUGGAAGCUUAUCUGGGCUUAACUAUCUUGAUAUGUCAGGAAAUCGGUUUUCAGGAAAUAUUCCAGUGGGAUUGCAGAAUUUAAAGCUUAAUCAGCUUAAUUUAUCAAGCAAUCAAUUCACGGGCCAUAUCCCUGAGCUUUAUGCUAAGCAAAUGUAUAGGAAUAGCUUUGUGGGGAAUCCUGGUUUGUGUAAAGAAAUUGAUAGUCUCUGUGAUCGUAGAGGUGGAGCAAGGAGUAUGGGUUAUGUUUGGAUGCUAAGGAUUAUCUUUUUGCUUUCGGGUGUGGUACUUAUUGUGGGUCUUGUCUUGUUCUUGCGGAAGUAUAAGAAUGUUAAUUUGGCAAAAAGAGCGAAUGAUAAAUCAAAAUGGACAUUGAUGUCGUUUCAUAAAUUGGGUUUUAGUGAAAAUGAAAUAUUGGGUGCUUUGGAUGAGGAUAAUUUGAUAGGAAGCGGGGCUUCUGGUAAAGUUUACAGGGUUGUCUUGCGUAAUGGUGAGGCUGUUGCCGUGAAAAAGCUUUGGGGAGAAUCCAAAUUGGUGGAUGGGAAUGGAGAUGUUGAGAAAGGCUCGGGUCGUAAUGAUGGAUUUGAUGCAGAGGUUGAGACACUUGGGAAGAUAAGGCACAAAAACAUUGUGAGGUUAUGGUGUUGCUGUACUACAAGAGAUUGCAAGCUUUUGGUAUAUGAAUAUAUGCCUAAUGGUAGCUUGGGUGAUUUGCUUCAUAGUAGCAAAAGUGGUUUAUUAGAUUGGCCAACUAGGUACAAAAUAGCGAUGGAUGCUGCUGAAGGACUUUCCUAUUUACAUCAUGACUGUGUUCCACCGAUUGUGCAUAGGGAUGUCAAAUCUAAUAACAUCUUGCUUGAUGAAGAUUUUGGAGCUAGAGUGGCGGAUUUCGGAUUGGCAAAGGCUGUUGAUGCUAUUGGGAAGGGAAACAAUUCCAUGUCUGUCAUUGCAGGAUCCUGUGGUUACAUUGCACCAGAGUAUGCAUACACACUUCGCGUGAAUGAGAAGAGCGAUACAUAUAGCUUUGGUGUGGUCAUUCUUGAAUUAGUCACAGGAAGACUGCCAGUCGAUCCCGAAUUCGGAGAAAAAGAUUUGGUGAAGUGGGUUUGCACAAGUUUGGAUCAGAAAGGCAUAGACCAUGUCAUCGACCCAAAACUAGAUUCCUGUUUCAAAGAAGAAAUAUGCAAAGUCCUCAACGUUGGUCUUAUUUGCACCAGUCCGCUCCCUAUCAACCGUCCAUCGAUAAGAAGAGUUGUUAAAAUGUUACACGAGAUAGGAGGAUGCGACAAUCAGCUGAAGAUUGUUAAAAAAGACGGUAAAUUAUCACCAUACUACUAUGAAGAUGCAUCAGAUCAAGGAAGUGUAGCAUGAAACGGUUCUUGCUGUACAAAUUUUCAGAUACUUGGACAAGAAUAAGUCAAGCUUCAGCUCUUCUUGUUCAUCAACUAAUUGCUUAUUGUUUUUCCAUUGAUAGGUACUACUCAAUGCUUUUAGUUCUGAUUAGUAUUUCUUAAUGUUUCUCCUAGCAAGAAGAUGUUUUUAUGCGGUAUUUAAAAAAAGUUCGAAUCAUAUAUAGGUUUGGCGAUUAUGCGUUUAGGCUUAUUGUAGUCUACUAAAUUAUAUUGGUCAGGCGAGUAUUGGUGCUAUUUCUCCUGUAUACCACUUCUCUCGGUAACAAGAGGUUGGUGGUAUUUGUGUGUUUUGUAUGUACAUUUUUAUAUUAAUUGACUUAUUAAUUAUUUUUAUCGGA